AUGGCUCUCAAUUGGGUAAUGCUUGAUGAUCAGGGCUUCGUCCGUCUUCCCAACGAGCGUUUGAUCUACUCUUCCCCUCCUCGUACUAGUGUCUCUUUGACUCCACCGUCCGGAUAUAAAGACACAGAGAAACUUUCAGUCCAAAGCAGCGCUGGCUGCAUCCACCUCACCAAUCAAAGAGUUGUCUACCUUCCCGUAUCCAGAAGCGAUGACUUUCAGUCCUUCUCGUCACCCCUGUUGAAUGUCCGUGACUCACAUGUAUCUGCACCAUUCUUUGGACCCAAUGUAUGGACAGCUCUGGUACAACCAGUAUCUGGGGGUGGCAUUUCACCGUCUCUGCCUGCCGUUCAGUUGAAAGUGACAUUCAAGGAGGGCGGAGCCUUUGAUUUCCAUACCAACUUCGAACGGAUUAAGGAACGACUCGAGCAGGCUGUUGAGAACACAGGCGAAAGCACUCGGGGCCGACAAAACGUGGAUCUCUCAGCAGUUCAUCUAGAAGAGCUGCCUGCAUAUGAAGCUCCCCCUACUCCUAGCCAUGCUAGACCCAGUGAGACACCAGAAGAGUCAGAAAACAGACGAGCAUCUGACACUAGCAACGAACCCAUGGAACCGCCUCCAUGCUAUGAGGAGGUUCAGUCGCAGAGUGUAGCCCACGAGCUGGAGGAGAGGCUACGACGGGCCACCUGA